AGUCUUGGGCACUAAUUACCGUAUCAAAUACCUCCGGUUCAACUCCAAGCGACUUUCGACAACAACUUCUUAAAGACAUCAAGGUGAUUCCAGCAUUCGAACUCCAUAUAUUGGAAAGGAAAGACUAACAGAUCCGAGAGGUCACUGACAUGCUGGAGUGUUUACGAGUUUUUGAUGGACGCUGAGUAAGUUGCUGGUUAGCUUUUUUCAUGGUGUGCUGUUGAUUCUGAGAUACAGGCCGAAUCUUGACUUCAUCAUGAAGAUCUCUGGGUCGUCUCUUGACCUGAGUGUGACGGAGUAUGGAAUAACCCUGGACCCGACAUUCACCAUGCUGGAGUUUGACGGUCUACGUGUUCUGCCUGUACAAACAGAUCCACUAAUGCCAGGUCACGCGUCUGCAUCAGUCCCCGUGGUGGUCCCACAGCAGAGCAGCAUGAGUCUCUGUGCCAUCUGCGCAGACCGAGCCACUGGAAAACACUACGGAGCGUCCAGCUGCGACGGCUGCAAGGGCUUUUUCAGGAGGAGUGUGCGCAAGAACCAUGCCUACACAUGCAGGUUCAGCAGGCAGUGUGUGGUGGACAAAGACAAAAGAAACCAGUGUCGAUACUGCAGACUGCGAAAGUGCUUCAGAGCCGGCAUGAGGAAAGAAGCUGUCCAGAAUGAGCGCGACCGAAUCAGCUGUCGGCGAGAAAAUCAAGGAGUCGGGACUCUCACCAUCGAUGUGCUGAUGCAGGCAGAGGCGUACACUCAUCAGAGCCUGUCUCAGAAUCUGAUGAGGGAUGUCGGCAGUAAGAAGAUCGCCGGCGUGGGUGAUGUCUGUGAAUCCAUGAAGCAGCAGCUCCUCCUGCUAGUUGAAUGGGCGAAACGCAUCCCUGAAUUCUGUGAGCUCUCGGUGGAUGACAGGGUGGCGCUGUUGCGAGCUCACUCUGCAGAGCAUCUCAUUUUAGGAGUGGCACGACGUUCACUUCCCUACAGUGACAUCAUCCUGCUGGAGUCCAAUGCUGAGCCGCUUCUAUUCAGCACGGCUACAGAGUCUGUUCUCUCCAGAGGGAUCCUGACGGAGCACAUCCCGAUGCCGAACUUCACAUCUGUGAUCCUCCCUGUGCCCCCUUCAGCUCUGGCCGAAGACGCUCUCCUCUCCACACACACCGAGGUCUUCACACACGGACAAACAGAGGACAUGCCAAGAGAAAUGCCCAACAGCCUGGCCAUGCCAACCGUCCACACGUGCCUUUAACCACAUCUGUUUAAAGCUGCUCGGUUACACACAAAUGAUCAACUUUAUAUACUUACAGAUGCACACAGACACUCAAAAUCGAAGUUGCUAUUAUUAUUAUUAUUAUGAAGCAUCGACUGAUAUGUGUAAAAUACAGUGUUCAAAUCUAACAGUGUUAAAUGUUGAAAAUUAACAGAUAAUAAAAAGCCUUCAAUCGG